UCUUUACCAAUUUGUCGUGUGUCAAUUUUUUUCCCCGUGCACAAAGAGAAAACAUCAAAACAAACAGAUUAAUACAUCUGUAUAGACAGCACAAACACACAUUCUGUUAUGAAUCAUUCUGUAGGCUUUCAUCACAAAAUGAAAACACUGGACAAACACUGGACAUGGGCUAGCAUGAAUGGCACAAGAGUUUAAUUCUGAACAAAUAGGAAACACACCCAAACCAAACCUUCGUGAGUGUGCUGUGAACGGAAGGGGCAUCUUGAGACAGGACGUCGCAUUUUGGUGGACUCAGUAUGGCUGGCAUCUGGAGGUGUACGGCUCUCUGUCUGCUCAUGUUGCACACCGGCACAGUGCCCCAUGGCCAGCUGGCUCUUUAUGUCCAAGAGCAAGCUUCAGUUCAGUUUGUCAUUCCCAAGCAAGAAAGACAAUUUCUCAUACUGGAUUGGAUACACAGAGCAGAGCAUGUAGUUGUGUCUUACAACCACAAGCACAAAGAUAUUGUGAAGAAACCUUGGGACAAUGUGGAAUUUAACAUGGAAACAUUUGCUCUGACUCUGAAGAAUGUACAGAAGAAUCAAAGUGGAGACUAUGUGGCCAAAAUGCGUACUAGUUCCACAAAUCAAAUUGUUGCUCACUACAGAAUAUUUGUGCAAGCUCCAGUCGAGGCUCCUGUUCUGACUGCCCUUUCUAAGCAGUCUAGGGGUGACGACUGUAACGUGACAGUGACCUGCAGAGGUCAUGACCUCUUGCUCCAGUCAAACUGCAACAACAUGACCUGUUUUCCACAGAGCAUGAUCUCUUCAGCAGUGUCCAGCCUCACUGUAUCUGUUAAAAGUGGCUUUAUUGUUUGCAACCACAGCAACCAAGUCAGCUGGAAGAAUGUCACAGAAACGUUAGACCUGCUGUGUCCUCCUUUUGAAGGUAACAAUGUGGACACAAUUACAGUGCACUGUCUGUUAAGAAAAACGUUACAACAUAUCAUCAAUUUAAGACUACAGGAAAUUGCAGUUGGCUACACUGCCCAUUGAUAUAAAGACCCAUCUUUACAAAGGGAUAAAGAAUUAUUUGAAAUUAGUUUAUUAAUUUUUAUAAAAAAUUGUAUAAAAUAGUUUUUACGCAAACGGGAACUGCUGCUUACAAAAUAGUGAGUCUACAUUCAUCUCGUUAAUUCCUUAGCUUACUUUGUCUUCUCCAACAGUUAGCCAAUCAGCUUUUUAAUCAGAUAUUUGUGAAUACAUUGCGACCAUUUAACCACCAUCAGGAUGUCUUAUAUUAAUAAUACAUUAA